CGCGUCAGUCCGCAUCUCGCUGUCGUUCGACGCGCUCCUCUCGCGCGCGCACGCAGCAGACGUCCUCAGCCGCCACCUGCUCUUACCGCUCAUCGCAACCGCGAGCGCUCUCGCUUCUGCUUCUACAUCUGCGUCGGGUAUACGUGCGGCUUUACAGGGGGCAAGCGGCAGCAGCGCCGACGAGCACCAGCGUCAUCGCCAUCUGCACGUACAGAGCAUGCACGACGCGCUCGACACCACUGCGCGCGUAUUGUGCGACACGUCGGCGUCCGGCUUGCUGCUGCAUGUGCACCUGCAGCAGCAGAGGAGCUCGCAGGCCCCGCUCACUGUACCGCCAGUAUCGCUCUGGCGCGCUGUUGCUCGCUGCUCGCAACCACCUGCUGCGGCUUCUGCUGGUGCGGAUGCAGACACGAAUGCGCUGCUUCGCGCGCAGCCGCCAAGCAGCGGACUCGUGUCCGCGUUCGAAGACGAGCACGAGCAGUACCAGCAACAGAGGCUCGCGGGAGAGGGAGAAAAUUACAGCGCGCCAGCCGCGAACGACGCAGCAGCACCCACACGGAAAUAUCUAGGCCCUGCACGGCUCCCUGACGACAAGCCAUCGUCGGGGGCGCCAGGAGCAGCAACGACGCCAGCCGUGCAUGCAGAGACGCAGGUUCAACGGCCAUUUUUAUCGCUUUCACCGCCAGCACUACCCAAACAGGACGACGGAAGCGACACGGAGGAUGAGGAAGACGACGACAAGUACAAGCCUACACUCAGCUCAUCAGCGCACCAUUCACUCGCGAGCGCAGGGACGCCCUAUUCCUCGCAGCCCGCAUCUACGUCAAUGCCUCUUCCAGGCAUAGCAGCAGCCAGCGCGCGCGUAACUGCAGCACCUGCGUCCGCGAGCCAGGCACCGAAACGACCGCUGGCUGCACCCGGCACCACAGCGGCAGAGGCACACAAGCGUGCCGAGCUGGACGCGUUGCGUGAGCGUGCGCGCGUGGCAAAGCGGCCGCGCGUUGCGCCCACCCCCGGUAGCCACGCCGGCGUCACGGACCGCCGCGUGCAUUCUUGCAGCGACGACGACGAGGAGAAUGGUGUUAAUGUCGAAGACAAUGGAGGAGCAGUAACGGCAGCGGCAGCGCAUCCCCAGGCGGGCAGAGCCGAGAACCGCCUCCCGAUACCGCCUCCCCCGCCUUCGUCCGCUACGCCGCCCAACAGCUCGGGCGUCACACCAUCGACGGCGGACUCAUCAGUCUCAUCGUCUUCUUCGACGAAGAAAACGCUCACGAAGACUAGCGGCAGGGCGGCUCGGAUGCGCUUUUGAUGCGUCUCGCGCUCGUACCCCCGCUCCAGCCUACAGUUCCCCCCUUGCUGCUUCAGGCAAUUUGGUCAUUUGCACCCUUACUACGUUUGUGCUCGCUCACACCUCGCAACAUAUCUAACUAUGCCACGUGUACCCCACGCACUAAUAACGGUAUCGCACUGCAUUGCCUUUCAUGACAUGUCGGUCCAAUGGCCACCUGCUGCCACCCGU